AAACUGAUUCAACAGGACAAAAAGACAGAAACCAGACUCCUGCUCCCACUCCAGCUCAGACUUCUGCUCCUUCCAAAUAUCACCGAACUCGAUCUGGAGGGGCCAGAGAUGAGCGAUACCGAUCAGAUAUCCACACAGAAGCGGUUCAGGCUGCUCUGGCAAAGCACAAAGAACAAAAAAUGGCUUUGCCCAUGCCCACCAAAAGGCGGUCCACAUUUGUCCAGUCUCCUGCGGAUGCUUGCACUCCUCCCGAGAAUGUCUCAGCUCCUCCUGAUGUCACUGCAACUACCUCUUCCUCCCUUCGCCCAGCAAACAUUGACCUGCCGCCUUCUGGCAUAGUUAAAGGCAUGCACAAAGGAGCCAACAGGUCCAGCCUGAUGGAUACGGCUGAUGGUGUUCCUGUCAGUAGCAGAGUAUCCACGAAAAUCCAGCAGCUUCUCAGCACACUGAAACGACCCAAAAGACCUCCCUUAAAGGAAUUUUUUGUGGACGACUCUGAAGAAAUUGUGGAAGUACCUCAGCCAGAUCCCAAUCAACCGAAGCCUGAGGGCCGACAAAUGACACCAGUGAAGGGAGAGCCCCUUGGAGUCAUCUGUAACUGGCCCCCUGCGCUGGAGUCUGCCCUGCAGCGCUGGGGCUCUACCCAAGCCAAGUGCCCCUGCCUGACCGCGCUGGACAUGUCUGGGAAACCAGUAUAUACGCUCACAUACGGGAAGUUGUGGAGCAGAAGUUUAAAGUUGGCUUACACGCUGCUUAAUAAACUUGGGACCAAAAAUGAGCCUGUGUUAAAACCUGGAGACAGGGUUGCCUUGGUUUACCCCAACAAUGAUCCAGUCAUGUUUAUGGUGGCUUUUUAUGGAUGUCUCCUGGCAGAAGUGAUUCCAGUACCUAUAGAAGUACCACUGACCAGAAAGGAUGCUGGAGGUCAGCAGAUUGGCUUCUUGCUAGGGAGUUGUGGGAUUGCCUUAGCUCUCACCAGUGAAAUUUGUCUGAAGGGCCUGCCAAAAACCCAGAAUGGAGAAAUUGUCCAGUUUAAAGGUUGGCCUCGGCUCAAGUGGGUUGUAACAGAUUCCAAGUACCUUUCAAAGCCUCCCAAAGACUGGCAGCCCCACAUCUCACCCGCUGGUACAGAACCAGCAUACAUCGAGUAUAAAACAAGCAAAGAAGGGAGUGUAAUGGGAGUCACAGUGUCCCGACUUGCAAUGCUGUCCCACUGCCAAGCGCUGUCACAGGCCUGCAAUUAUUCUGAAGGAGAAGCCGUAGUAAAUGUUUUAGACUUUAAGAAGGACGCUGGGCUGUGGCAUGGCAUGUUUGCGAAUGUCAUGAAUAAGAUGCAUACAAUUAGUGUACCCUACUCUGUUAUGAAGACCUGUCCUCUCUCAUGGGUCCAAAGAGUCCAUGCCCACAAAGCCAAAGUAGCUCUUGUGAAGUGUCGAGACUUACACUGGGCCAUGAUGGCACACCGGGACCAAAGGGACGUAAGCCUGAGUUCUCUGAGGAUGCUGAUUGUCACUGAUGGCGCCAAUCCCUGGUCUGUGUCAUCCUGUGAUGCUUUCCUGAGUCUAUUCCAAAGCCACGGACUGAAGCCGGAAGCCAUCUGCCCAUGUGCCACGUCUGCUGAGGCCAUGACUGUAGCCAUCCGCAGGCCUGGGGUUCCAGGGGCUCCCUUACCAGGAAGAGCCAUUCUUUCAAUGAAUGGAUUGAGCUAUGGGGUAAUACGGGUCAAUACUGAAGAUAAAAACUCAGCCCUGACAGUCCAGGAUGUGGGACAUGUGAUGCCUGGAGGCAUGAUGUGCAUUGUGAAACCAGACGGACCUCCUCAACUCUGCAAGACAGAUGAAAUCGGAGAGAUCUGUGUUAGCUCCAGGACUGGAGGGAUGACAUACUUUGGACUUGCUGGUGUGACCAAAAAUACAUUUGAGGUGAUUCCUGUGGCCUCUUCAGGCUCUCCUGUGGGAGAUGUGCCCUUCAUCCGGUCAGGGUUGCUGGGCUUUGUAGGGCCGGGCAGCUUGGUGUUUGUGGUUGGAAAGAUGGAUGGAUUGCUCAUGGUCAGUGGUCGGAGACACAACGCUGAUGACAUUGUGGCUACCGGCCUGGCUGUCGAGUCCAUCAAGACUGUCUAUCGAGGAAGAAUUGCUGUGUUUUCUGUGUCUGUAUUUUAUGACGAGCGCAUUGUGGUGGUGGCAGAGCAAAGGCCCGAUGCGUCUGAGGAAGACAGCUUCCAGUGGAUGAGCCGUGUGCUGCAGGCAAUUGAUAGCAUCCAUCAAGUAGGCGUUUACUGUCUUGCUUUGGUGCCUGCCAACACAUUACCAAAAACUCCACUAGGAGGAAUCCAUAUAUCUCAGACAAAACAGCUCUUUCUGGAGGGAUCUCUGCACCCGUGUAAUAUCCUCAUGUGUCCACAUACAUGUGUGACGAACUUGCCCAAACCCCGACAAAAGCAGCCAGGUGUCGGCCCGGCUUCUGUGAUGGUUGGGAAUCUGGUUGCAGGUAAACGCAUAGCACAAGCUGCAGGAAGGGACCUGGGGCAGAUUGAAGAGAAUGAUCUUGUGAGGAAGCACCAGUUCCUGGCAGAGAUUUUGCAGUGGCGAGCCCAAGCAACUCCUGACCAUGUACUCUUCAUGCUGUUGAAUGCCAAGGGAACUACUGUGUGCACAGCCAGCUGCCUUCAGCUUCAUAAGCGAGCUGAGAGGAUUGCAUCAGUACUUGGUGACAAGGGACAUCUAAAUGCAGGGGACAAUGUGGUAUUGCUCUAUCCACCUGGCAUCGAGUUAAUCGCUGCAUUUUAUGGCUGCCUGUACGCAGGGUGUGUACCUGUGACUGUGCGUCCCCCUCAUGCUCAGAACCUCACUGCCACAUUGCCCACGGUGCGCAUGAUCGUUGACGUCAGCAAAGCAGCGUGUAUUCUCACCACUCAGACUCUGAUGAGGUUGCUGAAGUCUCGAGAAGCAGCAGCAGCUGUGGAUGUGAAAACCUGGCCAACCAUCAUUGACACAGAUGACUUACCCAGGAAACGGUUACCUCAGCUGUAUAAACCACCCACUCCUGAGAUGUUGGCAUAUCUUGAUUUUAGUGUCUCCACAACUGGCAUGCUUACAGGAGUAAAGAUGUCCCACUCCGCUGUCAAUGCUCUCUGUAGAGCCAUCAAACUCCAGUGUGAGCUGUACUCCUCUCGGCAGAUCGCCAUCUGUCUUGACCCGUACUGUGGACUUGGCUUUGCACUCUGGUGUCUCUGCAGCGUCUACUCCGGUCACCAGUCUGUCUUGAUUCCUCCUCUGGAGCUGGAGAACAACCUUUUCCUCUGGCUCGCCACCGUCAACCAGUACAAGAUAAGGGACACUUUCUGCUCCUACUCCGUGAUGGAGCUCUGCACCAAAGGGCUGGGGAACCAAGUGGAGGUGCUAAAGACCAGAGGGAUCAACCUCUCCUGCAUCAGGACGUGUGUGGUGGUCGCAGAGGAGCGACCGCGCAUAACCCUGCAACAGUCUUUCUCCAAACUCUUUAAAGACAUCGGUCUGUCCCCUCGAGCUGUCAGCACCACGUUCGGCUCCAGAGUCAACGUAGCAAUCUGUUUACAGGGAACCUCGGGGCCUGAUCCGACAACUGUGUAUGUAGACUUGAAGUCGCUGAGACAUGACAGGGUCCGACUUGUGGAACGGGGUGCCCCUCAGAGCCUCCUGCUCUCCGAGUCUGGAAAGAUCUUACCUGGAGUAAAAGUUGUUAUUGUUAAUCCUGAGACCAAAGGACCUGUGGGAGACUCUCACCUGGGGGAGAUCUGGGUGAAUAGCCCCCACACAGCUAGUGGCUACUACACCAUCUAUGAUAGCGAGACUCUUCAGGCUGAUCAUUUCAACACCCGCCUGAGCUUCGGGGAUGCUGCGCAGACUCUCUGGGCCCGCACAGGGUACCUUGGGUUUGUCCGCAGGACGGAGCUCACAGCAGCCACUGGAGAACGUCAUGAUGCCUUGUAUGUUGUGGGUGCGCUGGAUGAGACACUGGAACUGAGAGGAUUGCGGUACCACCCGAUUGACAUCGAGACCUCCGUGUCCCGAGUCCACAGGAGCAUUGCUGAAUGUGCUGUGUUCACCUGGACCAACUUGCUCGUGGUGGUUGUGGAACUGUGUGGCUCUGAGCAGGAAGCACUGGACCUGGUUCCUCUGGUGACCAAUGUGGUCCUAGAAGAACAUUACCUCAUCGUUGGAGUUGUGGUUGUGGUGGACCCUGGGGUCAUCCCCAUCAACUCUAGAGGAGAGAAGCAGAGGAUGCACCUCCGAGACAGCUUCCUGGCUGACCAGUUAGACCCUAUCUAUGUGGCUUAUAACAUGUAGCCAGCCCCGUAGGGGCCGUCCUAAGUAUCAGACAGACUGAAGACCUGUGGCUAGAGGAAGGCUUGCCGCUAACAUGAAGAUGGCUCCAGUGUGGCCUUCAUCUCAUCUGUGGGAUUCUGCAGUCACAGAACACACAGGAAAGGGGAAUUCUGUGGUUACAACGAAAACAUGUUAGCAAUGCGUCAGACCUGACUUUGGCAUCCGCGACAGCACGUUACUAAAGCAGUUACAUGCAUGUUGCAUUUUCCUCAACUGGCAUACAUACCUGUAUUUUUACCUAAUGUUUUAGACUUUUAUAAGGGAGUUUAAUGAAUUCAUAUGAAGGGGUAAUCUGUGUCCCACAGUUCCCCACUCUGUACUGUAUUUUGCCAUUUUCCUGUAGUCAGGUGUUCUGCGAGGUUUCUUCAAAUGAAACCACCAAGCUUGAGUCAGCCCAUAAGCAAAUCAAAUGACUGACGUGAGAGCUGCUCUGUAUGUCUAGUUGUCAGUUACAAGCCUCUGACCGUAUUUAAACGUGUAAAUAAGAGUGCACAUAGCUCGGCUAAGGAGCUGAGCAGUCGGCUCCCCCAACUGCAGCUGGUGUGGCUGAGCUUCCAGCGGCACCGGGGUGGUGGGACUGCCUGGCCUAGCGGUGCAGCGCCUCCUGUCUGUACGAAAGCUGCCUGGAUUUGUUUUUAAAAUUUAUAUUCCCAGAAUUAGCUUAAGCUUCUAAGGAUUCUUUAACCCAUUCCUCUGAGCUAAGAAAAAAAAAAUCUCAUGUCGGGAUUUUAGAGGUAGCUAAGAUUCAUCAAUUCCUAACCUACUCUAUGGAACCAUGGUAGUUCACUCGGGCCAGUGUUGAAACUUUUUCCGCGUCUAGAGUGACUAUGGAGAAUUGUGAGUUCCGCUCUUUUCAUGCUCUGUGUCUGCAGAUUCCAUGUAGAGCUUCCCCCGCCCAGGAAAACUGAGGAGUGAGCUCAUGAACUGUAGGCCACGUGUGCACAUCUUAACACUAACCAGUCUGGGCUGCCAGAAUAGCCGGGCUCCUCGGAAACAGGGAAGUCUGAUGUAUGCAAGAAACUCUUUUGAAAUAACUGGUGUCUGGGCCACACUCAGUGUGGGACUGAGUUUGACCUUAGGCUCAGUUUCCUUUCUUUGGUCUGAAACUUCAUGUAUUUGAAUAUAGUUAAAUUUUAUUAUUUUUUUCUUACAGAAAUAUUUUUAAAAAUUAAAGAAAACUUCAAGUAAAAGAAUUAACCUGUUAAAUCAGAACGGUUCUCUUUGACCCGUUCCGGUCUAUUGUAAAUAUUUAUUUAGACUAUUUUGAUAAUACAUAUUAUUUACCCCACUGUAACAUCCUGUAAACUAAAUGUGUUUUUAAGCAAUUUGUAAGACUUGUAAUUACCCUAAAAAUAAGGUUUAUUAAGCAAAGACCAGACUCUUCACCAGGGCAGCACUCCUGGGUUGCCUUCAAGCUCAUGACUCAGCCACUAUGGCCCCUUCUCCAUAUCCUCAUCCUCCUGGCUUGUGCUCCACAGAAGGAAGACCUCCAGAGAAGCUCUUACUUCAGGACCUUUGCAUUUUGGGUAGGAUUGGUUUGCAUGUGAUGAGGGAGGUCUUGGGUGUACAGGAAAGGGGUGCCUCCUGAGUAUCCCAUCCAGAGACCCCUUCAUCUACGAAGAAAACAGCCUGCUUAUUUUGGAAGUCUUAAACUUUUUUGCUUUGUUUAUUUUUUUGAGACAGGGUCUUUCUACAUAGCCCAGGCUGACCGUGAACACCGUCCCCAUGCUGGGGUUGCAGGCAUAAGUAAACUCUUAAAGCAGUUUGUGAUGAUUUACUAAGCAAAGCAGGGCCUGGUCAACAAUUCUAUGCCAAUAAUCUGCAAAUUCUAUGAGAAAAAAAAUGUAGACCAAUCUAUCUUGAAUGAUAACUUUUUUUUUAAUUUUGAUUUUUUUUUGAGACAGGGUUUCUAUCUAUGUAACAGUCCUAGCUGGCCUGGAACUUGCUCUGUAGACCAGGCUGGCCUUGAACUCACAGAGAUCCCCCUGCUUCCCAAGUGCUGGGUUUAAAGGUCUGAACCACCACAGGCUGGCUCUUGAAUGGUAACUCUUACAAAUGCAAAUUAUUAACUUGGUAUCACCAGUCAGGAACACAUUGCAAUAAAUGUGAGCCACAUCUGUAAUUUAAACUUUCCUAAUAACCACCUUUUAAAAAAGAAGUUUCAUUGUGUAACCUGAGCUGCUUCCUCCCUAUGUGGACCAGGUUGGUGACAAAUUCAUGAAGAUCUUCCUGCCUCUGCUUCCUGAGUGCUGGGAUUAAAUAUGUGCGCCACUAUACUACCCAUCUGAACACAUCUUUUAAACAUUUCUUAAAGCAUAUGGCAUUGAUUUUAAUAUAUUUACCAAAAGUACUAUUUCUUUGAUAUAAAAUUAUUGAAUUUUUUUUUAUUUUGGAAAUCUUAUGUGUAGUAAACAUGUUUUUAGUUCAGGUCUCAGUGACCAAUGUGGCUAGUGGCUGUCAUUGCUCCAUCAGGUGCAGGACUGUAGCCAGCUUAUCUCACGGUGACCAGCUUUCAGUACUUAGGGUGACUGUCGAGUUGUCAUUCCCAGGUCUUCUUUAAAAACGAUGCUGGGGUGGAACAUAGGGCUUGUGGCGAGCUCAUCCUACCUAGCCAGGCUGGCCUGGAACCUCUGCUCUUCUUUCCUGUCCAGAUUGCAGCAGACCCUUUCUGAUCAUGACUACUCUCCCCCGCCCUCCAUUGCUUUGGGCCCAUCCCCUGAAACCAGAUUGCACAGUAGAGAACAGCAGCUGAGCGCCACCCCUGGGGAGCCUCAUCCCUGCUCCCUCCUCCAUGGGUCUGUGCUAGACCCUGCAGUAGACCUUAACAAGAGUUCCUCCUUCCACAUCACUGGAAACUUCCUGGCUGAACUGACAGUGAAAGCAGUCUUGAAAUGAAGUCCAUCAUUAACAAAUCAAAAACAGCCUGCAGCCCUGCCUGACCAUUGGACAUGAGGGCUAGGCUGAACUUAGUUACACAAAGGAAAACUUUUUUAUUUUUUAUUUUGUGUUUGUGUGUGUAUAAUAGGACAUUACUGUAUAGCCCGUGCUGGCCUCAAACUUGAGACUCUUGCCUCAGCCUUCCAGUGCUGAAAUUACAGACUUGUGCAACCGAUCACACUUGGCAAGAGAAAUCAUCUUAUCUGGAAAUCUGUGAGCUUUUGUCUGGCCCUUAGGAGAGAGACUGAGAUGGACCAGCUGCACACAUGCCCUCCUGUGCAUCUGAGCCCUCAGAAUGCCCACCAUGCCCACAGAGACCCUGUUCUGCCCAGUACCAAGUCCUUCAGUGUGCGGUCGUACUGAUCCGGCUGCUGAACCACGCCUGCCUCCUCACUUGAGCUCUUUGGCAGUGCUUGCUUAAUGCUUCCCUUGAAUCCCAAGGGCCUGAGGCCUUAGGCUCCUGUUAAGGUCUCUGCCCCAAGCAUGGUGCUCAGUAUCUUGGCCAAAUAAGUUACUUUCCUUGAAUAUCCGAGAAUUUUAAAGUAAAGCAAUGGGGACUUAUCCCCUUACCCUGGAACUCCAGUAUAACUAACUGCCUUAGAGUGGUCCGUGUCAUGUUUUCAUGUGAAACCCAGCGUGUCCGGAGCUGGUGGCUGCAGUCCUCCGUAUGCACAGUAGGCCUUGGCUUUCACUCAACAGUCCUGACUUAGACGUGUGUAGGAUGGGCCGUAAGAUUUGUCCCGAGGAAGAGACUGCAAAGACAUGAAGUUUUUAGUCCUCAAUGCUGUUUUGUUUACUUUCUGUCAAGAUGAUAUUUACCCCUGUCAAAUUCAAACCAUAGUACUGUGUAAUUAUGUAUAAAGGGUUUUUUAUUUAUUUGAAAUUAGAUUAGAUAUACAUUUUUAAAUUUAACAUCUGGCUGGACAGUGUUCUAUUAACUCAUUGAAUGUGUUUCCUUUGUCUUGUGUUAAUAAAUAUUGAUGCUUGAUUGUGUUUAAUCCUUCA